CACUCACCCUCGUCCAUCUUCUGGUCGACCGCAUCCCGUCUUUCAUUGAUGCGUCGCCAGCUCUCGGCUCCUGUUCUGCCCAAAUUUGCGCUACAGUCGCUUUGUUGAGCCUCUCCACCAUCAUAUCCUCGAGCCACCAUCAUGGACGCUUUCGAGUCAUACGGCGCAAAGUCGCCCAAUGAUCUCUCCAGAGUUGAUAGCUACGACCGCGAGUCUUACAACUCCCGUGAGAGGGACCCUUACCGCGAGAGACGCAGAUCGCCGAAUUCUGAUCGCCGAUCUCGCGUUGCUGGCCGUAAUCGCUCACGCUCUCCUACACACAUCGACCGCUACCAGCCCGACCGUUCGCGUGACGAUUACUACCGUGGACGCGAAGACCACCCUCGCGAUAGACGUCGCUCUUCUCCUCAGAUCCAGCCUGGCGGCCCAAAGAACAUUGAUCGAUACAUUCCCGGCGACGACGCUGCGGUUCCUCGAGCCAUCGCAGUGAACCAGCUUCGAGAUCCUCUGCUGGAAGCUUCACAAGUCGGAUUUAGUUACUUCGCCGAGUGGUGGAAAGCCGAACAAGAGAUCAAGCAACAGCGUGAGCGUCAAAAGAACGGGGGUCGCCGUCCUGAUCCCAUCAAAGAAUCGCGCGACGAGCAGAGAACAAAGAUCCAAAACGCCUACGACCAAUACAAGCUGAACUGGAACACAAGAAUGGCCAAGCUGUUCGUUCACGCUCAUAAGUACGACACAUGGUUCCGCGAACGCUACGUGCUAGAAGUCCGCGAUCCCUUGCGCCAAAAGGUUCUCGAUUUCAGACGCGAUCUCUUCGCGCGGUGGGACUCGGAUUUGACGGCUGGUACCUUCGACGAGUUCACCCUUGAGGGUAUCUACAAGAGCGAAAGCAACGGUGCCGGGGGUAUCGUUGAGAAAGAGGAAGGAGAGACCAGCGCUGCCGCUGAGGUUUUGGCCGUCUCAGAUCUACUGCCAUCCAAGGGUGGUGAUGUGCGAGACCCUGUUGCUUUCCAACCUACAUUACUCGUUAAGACCAUUACCCCAGCGGUCUCGCGAGAGAGAAUGGAAGAGUUCUGCAAGGAGCAUCUCGGCGAGGGUGAGGGUGGCUACAAAUGGCUGAGCUUGAGCGACCCGAAUCCUGGAAAGAAAUUCCACCGUCUUGGCUGGAUCAUGCUGAACCCUGCAUCCGAUGUUCCCGAGGACGAUAUCAAGCGACGUGGCAGCCGCGAUGAUGACGAUCAAGACGCCGAUGGUGGUGCCAUGGAUCAAGACAAGCCAACUCACGCUCAGACCGUAUGUGAAAGAGCUCUGAACGAGAUCAACAACAAGACGAUUCAAGAUCCAGAGAAAGGUGACUUCACAGUACACGUCGGCAUUCAUCACCCUCAAGAUAACCCCAGGAAGAAGGCGUUGUGGGACCUCUUCUCCGCCCCUGAGCGAGUCGAGCGCGACUUGGAUCUUGCUCUCCGUUUGGUCAAAAAGCUCGACUCUGAGAUGGGCGAUGACUAUGAUGGCAUCGGCAAGAUCGAGGAACGCGUUGAUGAACUGGCUGGCAAAGGUUACUUGCAACCUCCUAUACCAGCUCCCAAAGUCAUCAAGGAGGAAGACGUUGACGAUGGCGAGAUGGAAGAGGGUGAGGAAGACGAAGGCGGCAUUGACGAAGAUGUUGAUGACGAGGAGUUGUUGAUCAAGAAGAAGAAGCUUGAUCUGCUCGUCGAGUAUCUUCGCCGUGUCUGCAACUUCUGCUUCUACUGCGUGUUCGAAUGUGACUCGGUCCACGAGUUACAACGCAAGUGUGCAGGAGGUCAUCUUCGUCGUCCCCGUGCAAGUCUUACUUCUGCUGCCAAGGAGACUGCCAGAGCUACUGCGAAUGGAGACCCUUUCCCGCUCAAGCGUCAAGAAGGCGGUCUCGGAGAUGGCGAAGAUGGUUCGCCAGCCGAAGAGAGAAAGUCCGCUCCUCGAGCAUACGGCAAGAAUCAGCUUCAAAAGGCAUACAAUUGGGUCAAGACUUUUGAAGAGAAGUUGCUCAUGAUCCUUGAGCCCUACAACGUCGAUCUUCGGAAACUUGGUGGUAAGCCGGUAGACGAAGGACUUGAAGAAGACAUGAUCAAGUUUGUGAAGCAAGAGGACGAGUUCAAGUUCAGAUGCAAAGUCCCAGAGUGCACAAAGCUCUUCAAGGGUGAAAACUUCUGGAAGAAGCACGUGGAAAAGAGACAUCAAGACUGGCACGACAAGCUCAAGGAAGACAUUGAACUUGUCAACCGCUAUGUCCUCGACCCUGCUAGACUUGCUCAAGGACGUAACGAUGCAAGUAGCAAUGGCCACUUCCCGGUUAACAACAACAUGCCCACAGGUACGCCUCGCAACUUCAGCUUGAACAACAUGCCAUUCUUUAACAACGGAAUGCCCAUGCCAAAUGCUGCGGGCCCCCUUGGCUUCAAUCCAUUUGUACCAGGACAGUUUCCUGUCGCCAUGCCUGGUUGGGGCAUGCAGGGCGGCGACCGUGGCGCGGGUCCGAUGAGGACUGGCGGUAUGCGCACCAACAAUGCUCGGGUGCCAGGACCAUACGAUCGUGGCAUGAGAGCUGAGCCGCGACGAAGCAUCAGUGGUCGCCUGACACCGCCUCGUCGUGGCAUGUUCAUGGAGGGAGGAGAGCACACUGUCGGACCCAGACAGGCAGUUGAAGGUCGGACCAUGAAGAGCUACAACGAUCUGGAUGCCGCCGGCGGUGCUGGAGGAGCCGAAGAGCUCAAUUACUAAAAGGAGCGUAUCAACAGAUGAUCGCAAUCACAUUUCGUGAACAGAAAUUCAAAGAUGCUGUCGCGUCUCAUCGUGCCUAUCCUUAUAUUCUUCUUGGUCUUCUUCAGAUUGCGUAAACUAAUCCUGAAAUUUGCCGUCAGGCUCUGUGAUUGGUGGUGUGCCCGCAACGCAGUCUGUAUCCAUCUUUUCGAGGGAUGAUGAUUGAAACCUUACAUUGCCAUAACUAGUGAUCGCCAUCGAAUCACGACAACCGACAAACGGUUAUGAGUUUGCGAUGUAUCAGAAGCCUAUACGGCAUGUCUAAUCGAAAGAUCGAUCAAUGUUGUGUCUUUGCAGAGCCGCCGACGUGUUUUUAAAUGCUGUUGCAGGCCUAACCCUGC